AUGGCAGCUCUUGCCAGCUCUCUCAUCCGACAGAAACGAGCCGUCAAGGACGACCAGGCCAACCGGCCCGUAGCCAACAAGCGCAAAGUCUGCCCCAAGAGCAACAAGUCCCUCUGCCAGAAACAGAUACUCGUGCUCAUAAACAAAGUUCGAUUAUGUGGAGGACGAAGAAGAAGACCCGAUACAAGGCCGGAGCCGCAGCUGAAAGGCAUAGUCACCCGUCUGUACAGCCAGCACGGCUACUACCUCCAGAUGCAGCCCGAUGGAACCAUGGACGGCACAAGGGACGAGAGCAGCUCCUUCUCACAGUUCAACUUGAUUCCUGUGGGCCUCCGGAUAGUGGCGAUCCAGGGGGCGAAGACUGGGCUGUACCUGGGCAUGAACAGCGAGGGGUAUCUCUACACAUCGGAGCACUUCAACCCCGAGUGCCGCUUCAAAGAAAGCGUGUUUGAGAACUACUACGUGACCUACUCCUCGAUGCUGUACAGGCAGACCCAGUCCGGCCGCUCCUGGUACAUCGGCAUCAACCGAGACGGCCAAGUCAUGAAGGGCAACCGCGUCAAGAAGACCAAGGGAGCCGCCCACUUCCUGCCCAAAGUCAUAGAAGGUAUACACUACUACACAUAG